UCUCACAAUUUCACUUUCACAAAUAUUUAUUUUCAUUGGUUUAAAUAAGUCGAUUUAGAAUUUGCCACUCCGUAAAGAAACAAUCUGAAGACUGUAGCUAUUUCAUUUUACCCUAAGCGAAACAAAUCUAGGGAGCUAAGGGCAGUAAAUGUUAGUAUGUAGAGUAUGCGUGUGUAGUACUAGACACAAUCUCAGGAUACUUUGGUGGGUUUCCGCUAAAGUUUGCGGCAAUUUACAGGAAUUCGCGAUUUUGGGCAAUGGCAUUAAUUUCGAUUAAAAUCACUCGAAGUAGAUUUUAGUGUUUUUUCAAGCCCGAUAUUCGGAAACGAAUGAAAAAUGAAGCGUUCUUUGGAGGAAUGGGAGGACAAUUUUGAAAGAAAUCCGAUUGUCUUUUUAGACACUGCGGUUGGACAAGAAAAAGUGGGGAGAGUCGUGAUCGAACUGUUUAAAAAUACAGUGCCAAGAACGGCUGAAAACUUUCGGGCACUGUGUACCGGAGAAAAAGGUAUUGGAACCUAUGGAAAAAAAUUACAUUACAAGGGUUGUACUUUCCACAAAGUAAUUCCACAAUUUAUGAUUCAAAGUGGUGACAUUGUAAAUUUUGAUGGGACCUUAGGAGAAAGUAUAUAUGGUCCGCAUUUUGACGAUGAGAAUUUUGAAAUUCCACACUCAUCGGCAGGGUUACUUAGUUCAGUGAAUGAAGGCCGUCCAAAUACCAAUAGUUCUCAGUUUAUCAUUACAACAGUACCAUGUCCACAUUUGGAUGGUACAAAUGUGGUAUUCGGUAAAGUGCUAAGGGGCUUGGGUGUUGUAAUGGAAUUAAAUCAGGUUCCAACAAUGAAAGACACCCCUGUGGAGAAAAUUUGUAUAACUGAUUGCGGCGAACUGAAAUGGGGAGAAAAUUGGGGAUUGGGUGAGAAUGAUGGAUCAGAAGAUAUUUUUACACCUUGGCCUGAAGAUUGGGUAUUUGGUGAACUAAAUAACGAUGGUAUGGAAGACAUUGUCCGAAAGAUAAAAGAUUCAGGGAAUGUUUAUUUUACAAACAAAAACUAUAUUGAUGCUGACAGAAAAUACAAAAAGGCAUUAAGAUACUACAAUUGGAUUACAAAGCAGCCUAACAUAUCUGAAACAAUGGGGAACGACAAGAGUCUUAAAUCUGUAAUCCUAUUGAAUUUAACUGCGGUUAAGCUGAAGCAAAAUAAAUAUCGUGAGGCGUUAAAACUCUGUAAUGAGGUAUUAUGUUCUGACGAUUCAAAUAGUAAAGCCUUGUUUAGAAGAGGACAAGCAUAUAUGGGUUUGAAUGAAUAUGAUCUAGGACUUGCAGACCUGAAACGUGCAAAUAUAGAAUGUCCUAAUAAUAAAGAUAUUAUGGAGGAAAUAGAAAGAACCAAAAAAGUAAUGCGGUGUUAUUUAACGGUUGAAAGAGCUACCUGUCGACGAAUGUUCCAAUAAACAUUAAAUUUAAGGGCAACCUUGAUAUUAGAAUGACACGUGACUUCCAUUUCUGAGGAAAAAUAAUUUACAUAAUGUGAUUUAUAUAUGAAUCACAAUUCACAUUACGAUACAGAAAAUUGUGUACCACAGACAUUUAUAAUUCAGCAGGUCAGUAACUGAAGAUGAUCUAUUAAUAAAAUUUUCAAACCAUUGUAGUUGAAUGGGAAAAUUUGUACAUUAAUAAACGUUAUUAUUCUUAAAAUUUUAUGAUAAUUUUCAAACAAUUAAAAUAUUAUUUGGUUUAAAUUCGUGGUAUUAAGGAAGUAUAUAAUAUAAAAAUCAAUUAAACGAGGUUCAUUAUGAUCCAUACUUUGGUUAACACCAAAAGAACUCCAUGUACAAUGUUAAAAGAAAUACUUCUAAUCCACAUUUUAUGUGAUAUCAAAGUGUAUGAUUAUUUGUAUAAUAGCAUAAUCAUAUUUAUUUGCAGUCCAAACAUUUACGACAGUUUCGUCUUGUGUAAAUUUUUUUCACUACUGCAAUGUAUUUUUUUAAGAAUAAUGUGAAGUACCUACUAUAAACUAAGUAACUAGUGACUGAUAAAAGUGAGUGAUACAUCUAUUAAUCAUACCAGGUUUUACAUAAUAAAUUAUAAUGUUCACGAGUUUGUUCUUAUUUGUAUAAACUUUUUGACAUACAGUUUCAUGAUAAAUUGAGUCACAUUAAAUUAUAUCUAAAUAUUAACUACCAAAAAACUUGAAAAAUAAUUUCAAUCAACUUUCAAUAGUUUUAUAUAUACGAAUAAUCACUAGUGGUAAAUAAAGAAAAAACGAUAUUGUUGUCGUGCUAUCUUCUAGCAUCAUUACAACAGAAAAAAAGAACGUAGACGUUUUUGUAUGAUAACAUAAUCUCAAGACUAAAAACAAAAGGUACUACUUAAAAAAAAUCUAAUUCUUUACAAUAUCUCUCGAUACUGGAAUGUACCUGCUUGAGCAUAUAAUACUGUUGUUUGUCACAAUGCUUUUUUACCUUUUUUAUAGCAACUAAAAUGUUACAUGUAAAAGCAGUAAUUUUAUAUAUAUGUAUACGAUGGUUGUAAUACAAUAAAAUUAAUGAAAUAUUUUCAUUCAACAUUAAGUCCGAGCCUCAGUAAGGACCUCUUUAGUUAAGUAACAAUUGAGGAUUUUAAGACAAUGCAUAUCUACAUAACAAUAUUACCAAUAUUCAUAACAUGCCUGUACUUCUAAGUUACAAAUAUUGACUAGUUUCAAAGGCUCCUAUAAAAAGCCAACAGCUCAUUUGUUUUUGUAACAUUUUUAUCGAAGUAUCGCAUUUUACAAACAAAUAAGGACUAGAUUUAUUUAUCUGAAUGUUCGACGUUGUCGACAAUCGCGAUUAUAUUCUGUCUAAUGUUCUGUCGACGCGGCAUUAAAAAUUGACACGGUAUACCGGUAAUUGUAUCACAUAUGCGUAGAACAGUUGAUUUGCAAUCAUAAAAUAUUAUUUCUUCCUUAAAUUGAAAAAGAAACUGCAUGGAAAUUAAAGAUUAGUGACGCGACAUGUUCGUUUGCAUUACAUUUUGGACGGAUAGGCAAUUUUAACGAUUGUACGGAAAUUUGUGACAAUGUAGCACAAAUUAUCAGCAAAAGAUAUUAUUUUAUUCGUUAUUAAUCUGAUACUUCGCCAAAAUAACCAUUCUAGCUUAGGUUUAAGUGUGCGUUCUGCCGCUUAAGAUAAUUAUUUCCAAAAACGGUAGAAAAUCGAAACACUAUGCUGUUGAAAUUACCGCGCGCAACAGUCCUGUCGUGUAUAUCGCUUUAUCCUGCAAAUCUAUGUACAGUGAGCCUUCCUUCUAACUAAAGAUGAGAGAUUUCUAAAGUCUCGAGAAUAUUUUAUGGCGAAUAAUUGGACACAGUAAGCUCCGCGUAUCACUACUAGUAAAAUUAAUAUUCAAGUGGAGAUCAUCUAUACGUAGGAUUAAUCAAUAUUCAGUAUUAUUUGACUAUUCAGUUUUAUAUUUAAGGUGAUGAGAAAGUGGCAUCAAAGAGGUCUCAUGAAACUUCUCAUAAGAGUUCAUGGAACUUUUCUCCAAACUGGGUGUACCGAAUCGAUUUAUAAUUCCAUGAGUGUCAUGACCUUCCUUCCAGUCUUCAUAUUCACAUUGUAAAGUUUGAAACGAUUAGGCACACUCAGUUCGGAGAAAAGUU